AUGUGGCUGCUCCUGCUCCUCAUGGCCUUUCUCCUGUCCCCAAGGGCUCGGGCAGGGCAGAUCAUCGGAGGCCGAGAGGCCAGGCCCCAUUCCCGCCCCUACAUGGCAUUUCUUCAGAUCCAAACUCCAGUAGGUCGGAAAGCUUGUGGGGGGUUCCUGGUGCGUGAAGACUUCGUGAUGACAGCAGCUCACUGCUUGGGAAGCCAAAUAAAUGUCAUCCUGGGGGCUCAUAACAUCAGGACUUUGGAAAGCACCCAGCAGCACAUCCCUGUGCUCAGAUCCAUCCCCCACCCCGGACACACUCAGCAGAACAAGAGGAAUGACAUCAUGUUACUGCAGCUGGCGAACAGAGUCCAGCGUAAUCGAUUUGUGAGGCCGGUGCCUCUGCCUCAGACUCAAAACAGGCUGAGACCUGGGACCCAGUGCACCGUGGCCGGCUGGGGCCUGACUGGCCUGAACACGAGAACAGACACACUCCAGUAUGUGCAGCUGAGGCUGCAGAGGGAUAGGGUGUGCAGCAGACGCUUCAUGUUAUACGAUGGCCGGACACAGAUUUGUGUGGGGGACCCGAGACAGAGGAAGUCUGCCUUUCAGGGGGACUCCGGUGGCCCCCUCGUGUGUAGCAAUGUGGCCCAGGGCGUUGUCUCCUACGGAGACAGGGUGGGGACCCCUCCAGCAGUCUUCACCAGAAUUUCCAGCUUCCUGCCCUGGAUAAGGAGAACAAUGAGACGCUUCCAAGAGCGGAGACCAGAGUGA